GGUCGCGCGCGUGCUCGGCUCCAGCUCGCAGCAUCCUCGGGAGCAAUGGCGUCGGAUUCGGUUACCGCUCCGAUCAGCUGUUGAUCAACGGGACUGACUCCGUGUGUCCGAUCAUCCGCUGGAAGCUGCGUGCGUCCGAGCACACCGAUCAUCUGACUGACCGAUUACAGCGCGUGAGUGACGGGAGGCUGAAGUCAUGGAUGUGUUCGGCUUUCUCCAUCUAAACGAGCUCGCGCUGGGGCUGUCAAACCUCUCCAUGUUCCCCUGCUUCGACAUCGCGCAUUACAUCAUAUCAGUGAUGAGUCUGAGAGAGCAGCCAGGAGCGCUGGAGGUCUCUCAGCGGAGUCCGUUCGCCUGCUGGUUCAGUUCGAUGCUGUAUUGUUUCGGAGGAGCUGUUCUCUCAGCGCUGAUGAUGGCAGACGCUCCGGUCACACCACUGACCAACACCACCAACCUGCUGCUCGCCUCACUGAUGUGGAGCGCUGGAGGUCUCUCAGCGGAGUCCGUUCGCCUGCUGGUUCAGUUCGAUGCUGUAUUGUUUCAGGAGGAGCUGUUCUCUCAGCGCUGGAUGAUGGCAGACGCCUCCGGUCACACCACUGACCAACACCACCAACCUGCUGCUCGCCUCACUGAUGUG